UACAUUCAGCCAAUUGAACAGCUCGGUGACAAACCGAGGCCCACACAGCCCACUUUCACCGGACGAAAAAGUGAAAAAAGUAAACAUAUUUUUCCACUUUGGACCAGCUUGAAAUCGCCACCACUCAAGAGAGAGCGAGAAUUUGGUGGAGAUAAAGUGCGACACAGUUUUUUUUUUCCUUCACUCCAGACAAUGUGGCAAAUCUGAGUCCUUACUAAAGAGACACAGAGAAGAACAAGGCGGAUCGGUGGAUCACACUGUGUAACGAUCUACAAGUUGGAGUGUCUUAUGAUGGCGAGAUCUACAUGAAAUCCCCUCAGCUUUGCAACAGGAACCGAGGAAGAAGAAAAAGAAGAGCAGCUGCACAUUACAUUAACCGCCUGCUUAAAGUGAACAGAGGAUGCUGUCUCGGAUGUAUGAGCUUUUAUGGGCGGACUGGCUCUGGUUUCCUGAAGGCCACGGCUGGAAUGACCUGAAGGACCACGAUGGCAUAGUCUUCCCUAAAGCUCAGGACCUCUGGGCUACCAUCCCAAUCGCCUUCUGCUUCCUGGUCAUCAGACAGAUAUUCGAGAGAACGGUAGCGAAGCCUCUGGCCUCUCUACUGGGAGUGAGUGACAAGCCGCGCGUUCAAGCACCUCCAAAUCCCAUCCUGGAGUCCCAUUUCUGCAGCACAUCAAAGCAUCCCUCACAGAGCUCUUUAGAGAAGUUAAGUAAGCAGACGGGCUGUUCGGUGCGACAGGUCCAGAGGUGGUUCAGGCGGCGGAGAAACCAUGAGCGACCCAGCAAGCUCAAGAAGUUUCGGGAAGCCAGUUGGAGAUUUACCUUUUACCUUCUUGCUUUCUUUGCUGGCCUGGCGACUCUUAUUGACAAACCAUGGUUUUACGAUAUGAAGCUGAUGUGGGAACACUUCCCGAAAAUGCCAUUGUUGUCUUGUCAGUACUGGUACUACAUGAUCGAACUGGGCUUCUAUCUCUCGCUGGUUUUCAGUGUAGCAUCAGAUGUCAAACGUAAGGAUUUCAAAGAGCAGAUAAUUCACCACGCAGCCACCAUCUUCCUUCUCUGUUUCUCCUGGCUUGUCAACUACAUCCGGGGAGGGACUUUGAUCAUGUUGGUGCAUGAUGCCUCAGACUAUCUAAUGGAGUCAGCCAAGAUGUUCAACUACGCAGGCUGGAGGAGAACCUGCAACUUCAUCUUCACCCUGUUUGCUGCGGUUUUCAUCGUCACCCGUCUCAUAAUCCUCCCUUUCUGGAUCAUGCACACAACGUGGGUGUACCCCCUUACCCUCUACCCCCCCUUCUUCGGUUUCUACUUCUUCAACGGGCUGAUGAUAGUGCUGCUGUGUCUGCACAUCUUCUGGGCCGGCCUCAUCUUGCGCAUGGUCAUCAAGUUUCUGCCCGGCAACGACAUCGUUGAGGACGAGCGGAGUGACAAAGAUGAAACGGAGACCGAAGAUGAAGACAACGAUCGCGAGCGGAGGGAAAGGUCUAAAAAUGGCCACGUGCAGAACGGCCACACUCCUCUCAACAACAACCGCAGUAAGACGGACUGAUUGGGGACAGCGUGGGAGAGCUGGAAUUGAGGCAGCGUGAGGAGUUAAAAUACGGGCCCCUCGCACGCCGCCUUCACCUUGAAAAAAAGCCAAAGAACGGGAGCGUGGCAUGUUAGAAAGAGGCAACAGGCAGCACACACACAUAUAAAAAAAAACACACACACACACAUAAAUACAUACACUAAUUUCUGAGAUCCUGGUAGUCCAAUGUGGAUAAUUUCAAUUCCACACUAAAAUGUAUACGAGGAGAAGAAGAGCGAGGAACAGAUUUUGCUGUGUUGACCCGAGUUGCCACAUGCCAAACCUGCCUGCUUGUAGCUUUAUGUCUUGUUACUGGAAGUGUUUUAAGAUAUGCUGCGUGUUUGGCGGGGUGCGGGUGUCUCCCCCACCCCCUCCUGCGCAGUCGGUUAACACUCUUCUUAGUAGUACUGCCUUUAAACUUGACUGUUGAUUUCUGCUCAACUUAACCACACUGAAGUCGGCGACACGAGGGGAAAUGAGGCGCUGUCUUUCCACGGACCACAACCUGAUUAAAGUCUGUUUACUUGCGUCCAGAGGUAAUAAUGAACCUGUAAGUUUGUUCAUUUUGCAGCUGCCUUUUUUUUUUUUUUUUUUUUUGUGCGUUUGUCACUUUGGUUCUUGUCAACAGUUUUGAGCCAAAGGUGCUAAAAAUGUAUUUGUUCCGAUAAUGUUUAAAGCAAAAAAUAAUAAUAAUAAUGAUGAUAAUUGGUGGUAAAUAAUUUUUUUAACAGUGUGAGAGAGCGAGAGAGAGAGACAACGAGAGAGAGAGAGAACGAAAGAGAAGGUGCCUCAUCUGUCGUGCGUGUUGAAAUGUGCCUUUUUUGUUUUGUUGUACGCUUUGCCUUUUCGGGAAGAACGCACGCACAGAGUCCGGAUCAUUUUUUUAAAUGUUUGUUUUUGUUGAUGCUUAAUAUAUUUUUUUUUUUGUUUUAUGAUUUUAUUUUGCUUUUGCGUUUUUAUUUGUUUUCAGUCCAGUCGACGGUUUAAAAUUCGGGAGCAAUUUGUUGAGUGUAACCCAAACCAAUCAAUAUAUGUUGAAUGAUUAUUUAUGGACUGAAAAAGUCAAUAGCAUUUCCAUUCAGUGUUGUUUUUCCCAUCCAUCCAAAGAUGCACUUUAUGGUUCCUUGUAUGGAUCAGCAUUGACUCUAUUUAGUAAAGAAACUUACUGUUAGUGUUAUUUUUAAAUCCAAACCUGAUUUUCUUUUCUGUUUUAGAAAGGUUUGGAUUAUUUGAAUUUUUUGUUUCAUAUUUAUUCUCUCUGCUAUCUACCCAAGAUCUUCCUUUUUGUCAGUGUUUUGGAUCAUUUUGUAAAAAAAGAAAAACAAAUGUUAUAAGAAGAAUUUAAUGAUAUCUUAAAGAAGUCAAAUGAAACACCAAAGUAUGGUUUACAUUUUCUAUUACCCUGCAAGUGCCUUCAUCAUUUCAAGAGUUAAUUGUAAAAAAGAAAA